CUUGGGCUGAACCAAGACCUAGCAAGGCGCCGAGCUACACGACAUUCACUACACCGAGCAUCUGCAUCAUGGCGAACUCAAGAUUCGAAUAUGUGCGCAAUUUUGAGCAGCCAGACCCUCUGCUGCCGAAUACUUGGAUAGUAGUCCGCGUAGAUGGAAGAGCUUUUACAAAGAUGUGUGCCAAGUACAAGUUCGAGAAACCGAAUGACCGCAGGGCUCUGGAUCUCAUGAACACGGCGGCCAAAGCAGUCAUUGCCGAUCUACCAGAAAUCACACUGGCAUAUGGCGUGAGCGACGAGUACAGCUUUGUCUUUCAUAAAUCAACAAAUCUGUUUGAGCGGCGAUCCAGCAAACUCGUCAGCACGGUCGUGUCUACGUUCACAUCCAACUACGUCUACUCUUGGUUCUCUCACUUCCCGGACACGCCGCUGUCGUUUCCCCUGCCAACGUUCGACGGGCGAGCCGUGUUGUACCCGACCAUCCAGAAUCUGCGUGACUACCUGAGCUGGCGGCAAGCCGACUGCCACAUCAACAAUCUAUACAACACAGCCUUCUGGUCCCUAAUUCAACUCGGCGGCAUGGAAAAUAAAGAGGCAGAGCAGGCCCUCGCUGGCACAUUGGCCGCUGACAAGAACGAGAUCUUGUUCUCGAAAUUCGGCAUCAACUACAACCGCGAACCCGAGAUCUUCAAAAAGGGGAGCGUCAUCUUCCGUGAUUACGAGCUGGUCGAGCCCGCGAGUCACAACACUGCGGAGACUGUCGACGCGCAAGCUGAGCCCGUCCAGCAGUCCAAGAAGCAGACGGAGAAUGACAAGAAGCGCCGAUCCAAGGCCGCCAUUGUGGUGGACCAUUUGGAUAUCAUCAAGGAUGAAUUCUGGGACAGGAGACCGUGGAUUCUGUCAAAUAAACCAGGCAAAAUCCCAAAAGAGGUAUAA